AUGGUGAGAGGCCGUGAUUCUCUUAUAACUUUGGACGAUGUAUGCCGUUUCUACCAUAAUGAAGCAACAUUCCCCUCCAAAAUUUUGGACCUGCCGUCGGAAUCUGACCCGAACGGUCUUGUGAGCAUAGGUCAUCUCCUGGACGAGCAGCUAUCCGUUGGCCACCUCGCCCGCAAUGAUUUGGUGCUCCUCAUUGCGGACAGUGCCCAUGGACGGAAUUUGAUUGAAUAUCUAUACCGUGAGCGGGUGUUUUCGGCUGACAGGGCUGUGGAGUCGAGGGCAACAGGGCUUUUCUACGUGUACCCGCAUCGCGAGGGAGCGGCGGAGCAACAUCAUAUCGCACAUGCAAGAUCUUGGCUGCCAUCAGGGCUCCAUCCAACUGUUCGCAACAAGCUCUUGGAGUCGGUUAAGACGCUCGAUGUGGUGACGAUGGAAGACUUCAUGAAAAACACGUCGAUGUUGCUUAUGGAGCUCAGCAACAAACCCUGCGGUGACACCGAGUUGUACAACACGCUCAUUGAGUCCGUAGUACAGGACCGUGCGUCGCGUGUCCUGUUAAUUCUGGACUCUCGCUCCGCGAGGUCGGACAACUUCAUGGCCCUCAUGAAUAGCGUGGUAACCGUGAUCGAGAGCGGUCAGAUGAACAAACUACACUUGUUCGUGCACUUCUGCGAAAGCAUGAUCGGUGAUGACAAGGUGGCGGACACCCUCCGGCAAUUAGACGAUGCGCUUCGUGCCGCAUUCAAGGGCAGGCCAUAUGAACAUGAAAUGCACAAACUCUCGUUCAACCCUGUUUCCGUUCCAACGGACGUGCGGCUCAAGGCACACCUCCUCGGGGCAAGCAGGAAGAAGCUCGCAAGCUUCCUUACUCGCAUUCGCAGUCCACACUUCACCUUCGACUCCAUACGCGGAGACGCAGACUCUGCGUGCGAGAGCGGAUCGCAAGCAAACACACAGGCUGCUCCGGCCCCAAUGAGCGGUAGUUUCGAACCCCAUUCGGAGAGCGACCACGAGGAGGACGAUGCCGAUCACAGCAUGAACAGCCUUCGCGAAAUUAUGCAAAAGGUUACGACGGAUAAGAUUAGCGCGUCGCUAGAUAAACUGGAACGCGAUGUCGCUAGGCUAUACGCAAUAUCUAGCAGGUUUGUGCCUACCACCUAG